AUGUCUACGGCCGGUGACUUCGAGAAGGCUAGAUAUUGCAUCGAGGAUGCGUUGAGCCUGACAGCGGAGCACGGACAUUUCGAGGUGCUCAAGUGGAUUUACGGCACACAAACCUACAAAUUCCAUGGACAUUGGAGCCCAAUGGGCAAAGCUGUUGCAAACGGCCACCUCGCCAUCGCCCAGUGGUUGCAUGAGGUCAAAGGCGAGCGCUGCUCUGCUGAAGCCGUCAGCAUCUCUGCGAAGAUUGGGUACCUCGAAGUGCUGCAGUGGCUACAUUCCAAGAAUCUUUUUACAAGCACCAGGGCUUCGAUGCGCUGGGCAGCCAUUAAGGGUCGGCGAAAUGGUGAAAUGGCUGCACGCAACUCAUCACGAAACGUGCUCGAUUGA